CAUCCCCUUCCUCCCUUCCCGCUCAGCACAUCCCGGUGCCCAGCUCCGGGCGAACCUCUCGCCAGCCGCGCUCCCGGCGGGCUCUCCCCUCCCUCCCUCCUUCGAGGCAGGGUUAACGCUUCACCCGCCCGUGCUGGCUGAGAAGGAGGGAGCUGGAGGGAAAGCGGCAUCGCUCCUCACCUUUUGUCGCUUUGGAUGCUCCCUGCUCUCCCUCCCUACCGCUGCCGAGACCGUCUCCGGAGCACGAGAAAAAGUGCCAGAGGAGGGAGUGCAUAGCAACAGGGUUCUGGGAUGAAGAAGAUUCGGCAGCAGCAUCUCCGCAAGCCUGUAACACCGGACCUCCUGGUGAGCCCAAGUAGUCAGGACGGGGACCUGGGCUCGGCGUACCCGGAAGACAGAGGGAACUGGACGGGGCGGCUGGAUUUCCUCCUCUCCUGCAUUGGGUACUGCGUGGGCCUUGGAAAUGUCUGGAGGUUCCCAUACAGGGCUUACACCAAUGGAGGAGGAGCUUUCCUGGUUCCUUACUUCAUCAUGCUGGCCAUCUGUGGGAUCCCCAUCUUCUUCAUGGAGCUGUCGCUUGGGCAAUUCUCCAGCCUGGGACCGCUUGCCGUCUGGAAGAUAAGCCCACUCUUUAAAGGUGUUGGCAUGGGCACAAUCCUCAUCGUCUCCCUGGUGGCCAUUUACUACAAUAUGAUCAUUGCUUACGUUCUCUUCUACCUCUUUGCAUCCCUAACAAGUGACUUGCCCUGGCAGCACUGUGGCAACUGGUGGAACACUGACCUGUGCUUGGACCACCAUGUCCUCAAAGCGGGGAAUGCCACCUUCCCUGUCAACAUCUCCAACACUGUCAGCCCCAGCGAGGAGUACUGGAGUCGGUACGUUCUGCACAUCCAAGGGAGCUCUGGAAUCGGCAGUCCUGGGAGGAUCCGCUGGAACCUGUGUCUUUGCCUACUCCUUUCUUGGACUAUCGUGUAUCUGUGCAUCCUAAAGGGAGUCAAAUCCUCUGGCAAGGUCGUGUAUUUCACUGCCACCUUCCCUUACCUCAUCCUGGUGAUGCUGCUCAUCCGUGGCGUGACGCUGGACGGGGCCUGGAAGGGCAUCAGGUUUUACCUCACACCCCAGUUUGAUCACUUGCUGUCUUCCAAGGUGUGGAUCGAGGCAGCCCUGCAGAUUUUCUACUCCCUUGGGGUAGGCUUUGGGGGCCUCCUCACUUUUGCCUCGUACAACACUUUCCAUCAGAAUAUCUACAGGGACACCUUCAUAGUGACCCUAGGCAAUGCCAUCACCAGCAUCCUGGCUGGAUUUGCCAUCUUCUCUGUUUUGGGGUACAUGUCCCAGGAGCUCGGGGUCCCUGUUAACCAAGUGGCAAAAGCAGGUCCUGGCCUGGCUUUUGUGGUGUACCCCCAGGCCAUGACAAUGCUUCCCCUUUCUCCAUUCUGGUCUUUCCUGUUCUUCUUCAUGCUGUUAACCUUGGGCCUGGACAGCCAGUUUGCCUUCAUGGAGACCAUCGUCACAGCCGUGACAGAUGAAUUUCCCUACUACCUGCGGCCAAAGAAAGCUUUUUUCUCAGCUGCCAUCUGCAUCACUCUCUUCCUGAUGGGGCUCAUCCUCACGACGGAGGGUGGGAUGUACUGGCUGGUCCUACUGGAUGAUUACAGCGCUGGCUUUGGUCUCAUGGUGGUGGUGAUCACUACCUGCCUUGUGGUGACACGUGUCUAUGGGAUGAAGAGGUUCUGCCGAGAUAUUCACAUGAUGCUGGGCUUCAAACCGGGGCCCUACUUCAGAGCCUGCUGGAUGGUCCUGUCCCCGGCAACAAUGAUGGCCCUGCUGGUCUACAACAUCAUCAAGUACCAGCCCUCCGAGUACGGCAGCUACCGAUUCCCCACCUGGGCUGAGGUCUUGGGCAUCCUCAUGGGACUCUUCUCCUGCCUGAUGAUUCCCGCUGGCAUGGUGGUGGCCGUGCUCCGAGAAGAAGGGACGCUAUGGGAGCGGUUCCAGCAAGCUGGCCGGCCUGCCGUGGACUGGGGGCCGUCGCUGGAGGAGAACAGGACCGGCAUGUAUGUGGCAACUCUGGCUGGCAGUCAGUCCCCCAAGCCGCUGAUGGUCCACAUGCGGAAAUACGGAGGCAUCACCAGCUACGAGAACACGGCCAUCGAGGUAGACCGGGAGAUGGAGGAGGACGAGGAGGAGGAGUCCAUGAUGUGAGGGGCUCCGGCACCCCACAGGCUGGGGAGAUCACCCCAAAACUUGCACAGGUCGCACUUGGGCACUUGAGGCUGGCCUGGGAGCCAUGCAGGGGGCAGUCGCGAGCUGCCGACCCUGCCGGCCUCCUCGCCGCCACCCUGGCCUCACCAGGAAAGGGCUGCUGCCGGGUCCGCUGUCCUUGAGGUGUGUCUGUUCAGUGUGGCAAGCUGUGUGAUGAAGCUGUACGUUCGUGUGGCAGUGUCUGGUGCAAGUGCCCGAUUGUCCCCUUCCCACCCUCAGCCUCAGCCCACACACUGCAAGCAGGUGGGAGAGGGCCUCACACUGCCCUCCGUUUGCAGGGAUGCUUGGGGUUGCGCGAGGCAGGGAGGAUGAGGCCCUCAGCAUCUGUCUGUUCUCUGCUAAUGCAUAUUUAACUCCAAGAAUCCACAAAGAUGUCUGAGAAACGACUAUGUUAACAUCAUCUGUGCCCCGAGAAAGGCGUGUGUCAGGGCACACACCUUUUUGAGGUGCUCCAGCAAAACAAGGGCAGGUCAGUGUCCCGGCAAUUAAAUCUGACUUAGUAAAUGAGCAGUCAUGAAAAAAAAAGGGGAAGAAGAAAAAUAAUGCUUUAUGAACAAACCAGUUCAGGUCUUUUAAAGUGUGUAGGUAUCCCUGAGAUCUUGGCAGGUCGGGGCAGCUCAUCCUCAUGAUGCUUUGCAGGGCCAGGGCAUGCUGGAAGGAGGGGAAGAAGCUGGGUGCAUGCAGGUGGUCAAGUCUCAGCUCUGACCCAGUGCCAAACGAGGACCUGUGUCCAUCUCCCCCCAGCAGGGACAAGGGCUAUCGUAGCUCGGGGCCCUGCUCUGGUGCACAUGGGAGCUGGUGGAGCUCCCUUUGCUGGCAGAGCUGGUCCCUGCUCUCCCCUCCAAGGGAAAGGCAAAGGGCUGGGUUCCAUGCCUGUGGAGGAUUUUGGGACAGCUCAGCCCAGGCCCUGUGGCACGGGGAGGCCGUGACUCUGCCGCGCAGUGCUGCCUGCGCUGCCCCAUAUCCAUGUGUCUGAGCCCACCUCCUGCGGAUGCUGCUUGCCUGGAGGGUGCCGGGAAUGUCCUGGCCAGGGCUAUUUAGUCCGGCAGCCACGAGUCUCCAUCACCCCUGGUAUUGUGUGCACCCUUCCCCCCAUGCAUUGUCAAUUAUCCAUUAAAAAGCAGCGUGUGGCUCUGUGUG